CCGGCGUGCUCCGCGGCGCCCGCCUGAUUCCAGCCUCUGGGCUGGAGGGAAGGGGCCGAGAUGUCCGUCCCCGGCGCCGGGGCGACUCGACUGCUCCUCCUCUUGCUGGUGGCGGCAGCAGCCCCCAGCCGGGCGCGGGGUAGUGGCUGCCGGUCCGGAGCCGCUGUGCGGGGAGUGGGGGUGGAAGGUCGAGAAGGUGAGGGCUGCGGCACCGUGGGGCUGCUACUGGAGCACUCAUUUGAGAUCGAUGACAGUGCCCACUUCCGGAAGCGGGGCUCGCUGCUCUGGAACCAGCAAGACGGCACCUUGUCUUUAUCGCAGCGGCAGCUCAACGAGGAGGAGCGGGGCCGGCUCCGGGACGUGGCAGCGCUGAACGGCCUGUACCGUGUCCGGGUCCCGCGGCGGCCUGGGGCCCCUGAUGGCCCAGAAGCCGGUGGCUACGUCUCCUCCUUUGUCUCUGCGUGCUCCCUGGUAGAGUCUCACCUCUCGGACCAGCUGACCCUGCACGUGGACGUGGCCGGCAAUGUGGUGGGCGUGUCGGUGGUGACGUACCCCGGGGGCUGCCGGGGCCACGAGGUGGAGGACGUGGACCUGGAGCUGUUCAACACCUCUGUGCAGCUGCAGCCGCCGGUCACAGCGCCCGGGCCUGAGACAGCGGCUUUCAUCGAGCGCCUGGAGAUGGAGCAGGCCCAGAAGGCCAAGAACCCCCAGGAGCAGAAGUCCUUCUUCGCUAAAUAUUGGCAUCUCAUCCUGGGGGGGGCCGUGUUGCUCACAGCCCUGCGUCCUGCCGCCCCCGGGCCCGCACCACCGCUGCACGAGGCCUGAUGGAUGUACAUCGUCCCAGUCGUCCUCUUCCUCAUGAUGUCGGGAGCACCGGACGCCGGGGGCCAGGGCGGGGGCGGCGGCGGCGGGGGCGGUGGAGGCAGCGGCCGAUGAGUGUGGGGCCUGGGUGCUGCCCCCCUCUUUCGCCCAGGGCACACCCUUUCUGCCCAGUGUGCCCACACCCUUGAUCAUCUUAGGAGGGACUCUCCGGACAGUCCAUCUCUGCGUCCCGUGGGGAUCAGAGAGCACCCCCUCCCCAGGAGUCCCUCCCCUCUUGUGCUUGGAGUUACUGUGGGGGUGGGGGUGGCGGGGUUCUGGGCCCUGCUGCACCCCACCUUCCCCCAUGGCCCUGCUGCAGCCCCUGCCGUAUCCCUCUGCCGCAGGUUAGAGCCCGCGCUCCCUGUCCCCUCAUCCCGCCCCCCAAGCCCUGUUGGGGGGGAACACGCCUCUUUCUCUCCAGCCUCCGUGCCUUUGUCUGGUCUGGUCACCCCGCCAGGCCAGGGGAGGCCCCUUACUUGUCUGACACUGGAUUGGGACACCAGCCUCCUGUCUGGUCUUGAGAGCACCCUGGGGCUCCCCAAAGCCCAGAGCUGGCACAGAGCAGGGGUGGGCCGGCCUGGGGCGCCCCCUUUUCACAUCUGCACAGACCUGCUCCCCCUACUCUGGCCUGUAUCUGCCCACGGCUCUAGUGGAAGUUGGGAAUUCCUGCUGUUAGGACGCCAGGCCCUCCAGAGGCUCUGGGGCUUGAACCAGUGAUGUUGGAAGUCGAACCAGUGAUGUUGGAAGUCAAACCAGAGCAAGCUACCCAGCAGCGGAGUCAGGGGCCAGUUGAUGUAUAGAAUCCCUUUCCCGGCUGGUCGUUGCCCUGGGACUUUGCUGGGUCCUUGCCAUUUAUCUCCCUUCCUCCUCCUGUCUGUUUAAAAACAUCGACAACAUAAAUGAAAUAGGUAAACGUUUGGGAAAGUUGCAGCUUGCAACUUCCCCGGCAAACGCAGCUGUAAACUAGGCUAAGAGACUGUCAGGAUGUACAGGCGCUACUGAAUUCUGCCGGUGGCGGUGGGUGGCUGGGAAUGUGAUUCGGAAACGCCAAAAAAGAAAAUAUGGCCACCGUUGUCAUGGUAAUGGCAGCGCCAUCAGGCUCCACGGUGUGUGUGUAGCAGUUUAUUAAAGCGUCCCCUAAAUA